CUUCCCUGCCUAUGCCCUGGUGAGGUAGGCAGUGUAAAAAUUGUGUCUGAUUCUCCUCACAGCGAAUCCAACAACAUCCGUCAAAAUGGUGAACUUCACCAUAGACCAGAUCCGUGCCAUCAUGGACAAAAAGUCCAACAUCCGUAACAUGUCUGUGAUUGCUCACGUGGACCACGGUAAAUCCACUUUGACUGACUCGCUGGUGUCCAAGGCUGGUAUCAUCGCUUCAGCCCGUGCUGGAGAAACACGCUUUACUGACACAAGAAAAGAUGAGCAGGAGCGCUGCAUCACCAUCAAGUCCACUGCUAUCUCCUUGUUCUAUGAGCUGAGUGACAACGACUUGUCAUUCAUCAAGCAGAGCAAGGAUGGUUCUGGCUUUCUGAUUAACCUUAUCGAUUCCCCUGGGCACGUUGACUUCUCCUCAGAAGUGACUGCUGCUCUGCGUGUCACUGAUGGAGCCCUGGUGGUGGUUGACUGCGUGUCUGGAGUGUGUGUGCAGACCGAGACUGUGCUGAGACAAGCUAUUGGUGAGAGGAUCAAGCCAGUGCUGAUGAUGAACAAGAUGGACCGUGCCCUGCUGGAGCUGCAGUUGGAGCCAGAGGAACUGUACCAAACUUUCCAGCGCAUUGUGGAGAACGUCAACGUCAUCAUUUCCACCUAUGGUGAGGAUGAAACUGGACCCAUGGGCAACAUCAUGAUUGAUCCCGUUGUUGGUACCGUUGGAUUUGGUUCUGGACUCCACGGCUGGGCUUUUACCCUAAAACAGUUUGCUGAAAUGUACGUGAUGAAGUUUGCUGCCAAGGGAGAUGCCCAGCUGUCACCAGCUGAUCGCUGCAAGAAAGUGGAGGACAUGAUGAAGAAACUUUGGGGUGAAAGGUUUUUUGACCCUGCUACUGGUAAAUUUAGCAAAUCUCCCAAUGGACCCGAUGGCAAGAAGCUCCCCAGAACCUUCGCCCAGCUCAUCCUGGAUCCCAUCUUCAAAGUUUUUGAUGCCAUCAUGCACUUCAAGAAAGAGGAAACCGCUAAGCUGAUCGAAAAGCUGGACAUCAAGCUUGACACUGAGGACAAAGAGAAGGAGGGCAAGCCUCUGCUGAAGUCUGUGAUGCGUCGCUGGCUGCCAGCUGGUGAAGCCCUGCUUCAGAUGAUUACCAUUCACCUCCCCUCACCUGUGACGGCUCAGAAAUACCGUUGUGAGCUGCUGUAUGAAGGACCUGGUGACGAUGAAGCUGCCAUGGGUAUUAAGAACUGUGACCCCAAAGCUCCACUUAUGAUGUACAUCUCAAAAAUGGUGCCGACUACUGACAAGGGUCGUUUCUAUGCUUUCGGUCGUGUCUUCUCUGGCUCUGUCUCCACUGGUCUGAAGGUUCGCAUUAUGGGACCAAAUUACACCCCUGGAAAGAAGGAAGAUCUUUACCUGAAGCCUAUCCAGAGAACCAUUCUGAUGAUGGGCCGUUACGUCGAGCCUAUUGAAGAUGUGCCUUGUGGUAACAUUGUCGGUCUGGUUGGCGUGGACCAGUUUUUGGUGAAGACCGGAACCAUCACCACCUUCGAACAAGCCCAUAACAUGCGUGUGAUGAAGUUUAGUGUCAGCCCUGUGGUGAGAGUUGCUGUUGAGGCCAAGAACCCUGCAGACUUGCCCAAACUGGUGGAGGGUCUGAAGCGUCUGGCCAAGUCCGACCCCAUGGUGCAGUGCAUCAUUGAGGAGUCUGGUGAGCAUAUCAUCGCUGGUGCUGGAGAGCUGCAUCUUGAGAUCUGCUUGAAGGACCUUGAGGAGGACCAUGCCUGCAUUCCAUUGAAGAAAUCCGACCCAGUUGUGUCAUACAGAGAGACCGUGUCCGAGGAGUCCAAAAUAAUGUGCCUGUCCAAGUCCCCCAACAAACACAAUCGUCUGUUCAUGAAGGCUUGUCCUCUGGCUGAGGGUCUGCCUGAGGAUAUUGACAAAGGUGAUGUCACUGCCAGGCAGGAGAUGAAGGCUCGUGCUCGUUACCUAGCUGAGAAGUAUGAAUGGGAGGUGACCGAGGCUCGUAAGAUCUGGUGCUUUGGCCCUGAUGGAACUGGCCCCAACGUUUUGGUUGACGUGACCAAGGGAGUGCAGUACCUUAACGAGAUCAAGGACAGUGUGGUGGCUGGCUUCCAGUGGGCUAGCAAGGAGGGUGUGCUUUGCGAGGAGAACAUGCGUGGCAUUCGCUUCGACGUCCAUGAUGUGACACUUCACACAGAUGCCAUCCACCGUGGUGGUGGCCAGAUCAUUCCAACUGCUCGUAGAGUGCUUUAUGCCUGCCAGCUGACUGCUGAGCCCAGACUUCUUGAGCCUGUUUAUCUGGUGGAGAUCCAGUGUCCUGAGGCUGUUGUUGGUGGCAUCUAUGGUGUACUGAACAGAAAGAGAGGUCUGGUGUUUGAGGAGUCCCAGGUCAUGGGAACACCCAUGUUCGUGGUCAAGGCUUACUUGCCUGUCAAUGAGUCUUUCGGAUUUACCGCUGACCUUCGUUCCAACACUUCUGGCCAGGCCUUCCCACAGUGUGUGUUUGACCACUGGCAGAUCCUGCCUGGAGACCCAAUGGAUGGAGCAAGCAAGCCCGCACAGGUCGUUGUUGACACACGCAAGCGUAAGGGGCUCAAGGAAGGAAUCCCUGCUCUGGAUAACUACUUGGACAAAUUGUAAAGAUCCUCCACCUUUCCCCUCACUGAGGGACUGGACUGUACAGACCAAGAGCACUAAUGCUUGCCAAACAUCAUGACAUACUAUCGAUAAAAUAUAAAAAAAGAAUAUGUUAAUAAAGGAAAUAAAAAUU